GGAGAGAUCACUCAGUCCCUCAGACUUCUGUCACAGAGAACCACACGAAAACCAUGAAAGUCCCACUCUUCUGUCUGGUGCUAGCUUCACUGCUGCUAGCUCUGGCAUAUGCCACGGUCCCUCGUGGCUACAAGAAUUUCAGGAAGAUGCACAUGUACAACAAAAAGCACAGGCCUUUCGAUUGCACCCAUGUGAUGAAUGACGUCCAGAAACAUUUGACCUACUGCAAACCCUACAACAACUUCAUCCUGGGAUACACCUCAGACAUGACACCAGUGAAGGAUGUGAUCAACGUCUGCAGGCGUCAGGGAACAGCUACGGGGUACAACACGUUCAGGAGCAACACUUACUUCCGUACGGUGAAGUGCACCCUGCAGAAUCACAACGCCAUCCCACCCUACUGUGUUUAUGCAGGAACCGUCCAGUCCGGUCAGAUCACUGUGGGCUGCAGCCAAAAUUUCCCUGUGCAGUUUGAAAAAUGUGAGUGAAGCCAUGGGAUAUCAACAAGAAUUCUGAAAUCAACAUGGAGCUCAACAGUGACUGCUCACCCCUAGGCUCUGGAAGUAAAUCUCCCAUUC